GAUCCACAAACAUGCACUUAACUAACCAGUUCCGCCCAGCCUUCCGAUUUCCAUCGCUCCACUUUGCCGGGCAAAUGAACAAGAUGUUGUGGUUAUGGAAAUUAGCUCAGGAGGAUGACAAACACUGUGCGUGCCGAGAUUUAUGCCCCGAUGUUGCCCGAAACUACUUCAGAUGCAACUACAUCGGACACAUCCUGCGAAACGGGAGCACCGAUUCAGGACGACAGCAAAGACAGAGACACAUGGCCUGUGGUGACAGGCACAGGAUGAUGUCAGCCGGAGAGCAAACCCUCUGGCUAAUUGGCACUCAUCCAUCCAGCCACUCGAAGUGAAACGCCCCCAAGAUGGAGGAAUCACCCCGCCACCGCCGCAGGAG